AUGCCGACGGGUGCCACAUCCGAGUGCACGCUGCACGCAUCUGCAGUAUGUGAGCCAUUGCUCGAUACACUGGUCGCUAAGUUCUGGGAGGAUGACCAGGUGGGCAUGCAACCACAAUCUGACAAGACGAUGGCUGAGAUAGAAGCAGAGCACCUCGUGGCUGACAGGAUGAAAAUCACUGAUGGUCGUGUCACGACAGGCAUCCCUUGGAUUCGGCCAGACCACCAGCCACAGCUGCCGCCAAACCGAGCCAUGGCAGAGAAGCGGCUGAUCAGCCUCGAGCGAUCUCUUCUCAAGAAGCCGGACAUCCAAGCAGAGUACGACAGAGUCUUCCAAUCAUACAUCGACAAGGGAUAUGUGGUCCGCUGUGAGGAUAGUGCCGCUAGAGACGGUGACCAAUGGCUACUACCGCACUUUCCUGUCGUGCGCCACGACAAGGCGACCACGAAAGUGAGGGUUGUCUUCGAUGCAGCGGCUCGUCAGCGGGGUGUGUCUCUCAAUGAUGAGAUGUACACUGGUCCGAAACUGCAACAUGACCUGAUUCACGUCCUACUCAGGUUCUGCCGUGAACCGGUUGCGAUCGUAGGAGACAUUGCAGAGAUGUUCCUGCAGGUCCAGCUACAACAGCAAGAUCGGCGGUACGUACGCUUCUUGUGGCGCAAGUCGACAGACGAGCAACCAUCCAUUUACGAGUUUACUCGGCUCGUGUUCGGACUGAAGGCAUCACCGUUCAUCGCCUGCCGAGCUCUGAGGGAGGUAGCCGCACAGCAUGGGGAACAGUACGACUCAGCAGCCCGAGCAGCGGUCGAGGAAUCGUUCUACGUUGACGAUUUCCUGAACUCACAACCAUCAGUACCAGCCGGCAUCUCAGUACGGCAGGGGGUGCAGGACCUGCUCCACAUGGGCUCGUUUCACCUGCGGAAAUGGCGCAGUAACAGCCGUGACGUGCUCCGUUCUAUCCCGGAGGCCGACCGAGCAGCCGACGCACUGGUGAGCAUCGAUGAUUGCAGCGACGCCGCAUCAGCUGCAGUUGUGAAGACGCUUGGUGUCGUGUGGGACGCAGCGUCUGACACGUUCAGCUAUCGCUACAACACACCGGACGACCAGCGGCUGACGAAACGAAGCGUCCUAUCCAAGAUGGCCAGCAUCUAUGACCCAAGAGGGCAUAUUUCGCCGUUUACGAUAAGGGCUCGACUGCUGUUCCAGGAGGCAUGCAUUCUCGGCUGUUCCCGGGAUGACCGUCUCCCAUCAGAGCUGGAGAGCAAGUGGCAGAGGUGGUUUGCAGAACUACCAGAUCUAGCUGGGAUCAAAGUGCCACGAUGCUUCAAAAGCAUGGAGCGCCAGGCUGACACCGCGAAGCUCACAGUACAUACCUUCACCGAUGCCUCGGCGCACGCCACUUCAGCUGUCAGUUAUGUCCGCGCGGCCCCUAUCAAGAAAGUCACCAUCCCUAAGUUGGAGUUGCGAGGUGCAGUACUUGGCCUGCGCACCAGCAAAGUUGUCAGCCAAGCCCUCGCUAUUCCUGUUGCUGAACAUGUGUUCUGGACCGAUUCCCUCAACGUCGUGUACUGGGUGAGGAGCCAUGCCAAGAACUUCACUUCAGAUGUCGCCUGCCGGGUCAGUGAGAUUCAAGCCGACACCAAAGCUAGCCAAUGUAGACACGUACCAGGAGUCCUCAACCCAGCCGACUUCCCAUCUCGAGGUAUGAAAGUGCUGGACCUCGUUGGACGUCACACAUGGUGGAGUGGUCCGGACUUCCUGACCAGACCGGAGACAGAGUGGCCGCUUGUGGAGCUUGCUACCCCUCCGCAACUACCUGGUGAGCUGAAGAAGAAGCCAUGUAUGACAUUCGCCAGCCAGGUGACGCCAUCUCGACUAGAUCCUGCCACAUAUUCGACGUGGGAGCGUCUUACCAGGGUGACUGCCUGGUGCUUACGGUUCGUACAAAAUGCCCGACGGCAGACUGCGACAGUCACGAGGGGGGAAACCCACGUCGACACCGCCAACACCAGUGUCCCACUAGUCUAUGUCCGUUUACCAAGCGGUCAUAAGCCAAGAUCAGUAGUGACAGUACCGGUGCUGACGGCAGCAGAAGUAGCAGGAGCCGAACGACAUUGGUUUGCACAAGCUCAGCUGUCAGCGUACCCAGCCACGCUUAAGCGCUUACGGGCAGGUGAGGAAUUACCACCAUCUGACCCUCUCUACCGGCUCAACGCGGUCCUGGAUGCGACGUCACACCCUGCUCUCAUGGUCGUCAACGGACGACUGAAGCAUGCUGUCAACCUACCUGUUGCAGGGCCUGCUCUAGACAUUCAACACAGCCCGGUCAGAGUGUACCUAGCGCAUGCAGGCCAGCCGGGUCAAGCCGGAUGUGGAGUAGAUUACGCAGGACCGUUCUACACAAAGCAAGGGCGUGGUCGAGCGCAGCAGAAGCGGUACAUGUGCGUUUUCACCUGUUUGGAGACCAGAGCAUGCCACUUGGAGAUGGCCUUCUCUUUGGACACAGAAGCAUUCCUGAUGGCAUUCUCCAGAUUCAUCAAGCGUCGCGGCACUCCGUCCAUCAUGGUGUAG